UUUUAUUUAUAUAUAUUAUAUAUAUAUAUAUCUCUUGUGUUAGCUUAUUGACUAGCAGGACAUUUUUAUUGGAGAAGGAUUUAGUAUUUAUUUAUUCGGUCAAGACCAACAUGGGGAUAAUAGGGAAUUGUGUUAACUCGUUAUCCUUGUUGGUGUCCUCUCCCUAAUAAAGCAAAGUUCGUUCGCUAAUCAAUUUGUUUUGGAUGUCAUGGCUUCAACGAAUGACAGAGGAAUUAUGUUAAGGUUACCUGCACGGAUUAAAGACACGGUUUAAUCGACGGGGGUUGGACUUGACAUUUCCAGACGUACCUUGUUUUUGUUUGUUGUUGUAACGUUGCCUAAAAAAUGUUUUGUUAUUGUCACUAACGUUACUAGAUUAUUUAUAGGGGGAACUAAAACUACCGGUAACUACCGAGACUCCACAAUGCAUGACGCUUACGAACCGGUCCCUAUCCUGGAGAAACUGCCUCUGCAGAUUGACUGUCUUGCUGCAUGGGAGGACUGGCUUCUGGUAGGCACUAAACCAGGCCAUCUCCUGCUCUACAGGAUAAAAAAUAAUGCAGGUACCAACAGGUUUGAGGUAACUCUGGAGAAGUCCACCAAGAACUUCUCAAAGAAGAUCCAGCAGCUGUUUGUUGUGUCACAGUACAAGAUCCUCGUCAGUCUGUUAGAGAACAACAUCCAUGUCCACGACCUCUUGACCUUCCAGCAGAUUACUGUGGUCUCCAAGGCCAGAGGGGCAACGCUCUUCGCCUGUGACCUGCAGUCCCCCUCGGGAGAAGCCCAGCUGAGGAUGUGUGUUGCUGUGAAGAAGAAGCUACUGCUGUACUACUGGAAGGACAGGGAGUUCUAUGAGCUACAGGGGGACUUUGCUGCUCCAGACAUCCCGAAGUCCAUGGCCUGGUGUCAGAACUCCAUCUGUGUAGGCUUUAAGAGAGACUACUACCUCAUCCGGAUGGAUGGGCGUGGCUCCAUCAAGGAGCUCUUCCCUACGGGGAAGCAGCUGGAGCCCCUGGUGGCCCCCCUGGCUGAUGGAAAGGUGGCGGUGGGCCAGGAUGACCUCACGGUGGUGCUCAACGAGGAGGGGGUCUGCACUCAGAAGUAUGCUCUCAACUGGACUGACAUCCCCAUCGCAAUGGAACAUCAGUCCCCCUACAUCAUAGCUGUCCUGCCUCGCUAUGUGGAGAUCAGGACCUUUGAACCCAGACUGCUGGUCCAGAGUGUGGAGCUGCAGAGACCACGAUUCAUCACCUCAGCUGGGCCCAAUAUAGUGUACGUUGCCAGCAACCAUUUUGUCUGGCGCCUGGUGCCUGUGUCCAUCGCCAGUCAGAUCAGACAGUUACUACAGGACAAGCAGUUUGAACUGGCCCUGCAACUGGCGAAUAUGAAGGAUGACGUGGAAGGAGAUAAGAGACAGCAGAUUCACCACAUCCAGAAUCUCUAUGCCUUCAAUCUGUUCUGUCAGAAGAGGUUCGACGACUCCAUGCAGGUGUUCGCUAAGCUCGGCACAGAUCCGACCCAUGUGAUUGGUCUGUAUCCAGACCUGCUCCCUGCUGACUACCGUAAACAGCUGCACUACCCCAACCCCCUGCCCAGUCUGUCUGGAGCAGAACUGGAGAAGGCUCACCUGGCGCUCAUAGACUACCUGACACAGAAACGCAGUCACCUGGUGAAGCACCUGAGCGACUCCGAGCCGUCCACCCCGUCUCCCCUCAUGGAAGGGAUUCCCACCAUCAAGAGCAGGAAGAAACUCCUGCAGAUCAUCGACACCACGCUGCUCAAAUGCUACCUGCAUACCAACGUGGCCCUGGUGUCCCCUCUGUUGCGUCUGGAUAAUAACCACUGUCACAUUGAGGAGAGUGAGUACAUCCUGAAGAAGGCCCACAAGUACAGCGAGCUCAUCAUCCUCUAUGAGAAGAAGGGCCUGCAUCAGAAAGCCCUACAGGUGUUGUUGGACCAGUCCACCAAGGCUAACUCUCCUCUAAAGGGACAUGAGAGGACGGUGCAGUACCUCCAGAGACUGGGGAUGGAGAAUCUGGUCAUCAUCUUUGAGUUCUCUCCCUGGGUUCUGAAGAUCUGUCCUGAGGACGGACUCAAGAUCUUCACUGAGGACCUGACGGAGGUCGAGACCCUGCCCAGAGACAAGGUCCUGAACUUCCUGAAGGAGGGCUUUAAGGAGCUGACUAUCCCCUACCUGGAGCACAUCGUACACGUCUGGGAGGAGACGGAGCCAGAGUUCCAUAACGUCCUCAUUCAGCUGUACCUGGAGAGGGUCCAGGGGCUCAUGAAGCAGUACCUCAACUCCCUGCCCGAGGGGGUUCCUGCAGUGGCUGCUGGGAAGGAGGAGGGGGACCUGGGAGAGUUUAGGAACAAGCUUCUAUGUUUCCUGGAGAUCUCUACCUGCUACGAGCCUGGAUGUCUUAUCAGUGACUUCCCCUUUGACGGUCUUCUGGAGGAGAGGGCCCUGCUGCUGGGUCGGAUGGGGAAACACGAACAGGCCCUCUUCAUCUACGUACACGUCCUGAAGGAUACACACAUGGCAGAGGAGUACUGUCAUAGGCAUUAUGACAAAGAGACGGACAGAAGCCAGGAUGUGUACCUGUCUCUACUGCGCAUGUACCUGUCCCCUCCUGACGUCCACUGUCUUGGGCCAAUCAAAAUGGAGCUGUUGGAGCCACAGGCCAAUCUAAUGGCAGCUCUACAUGUCCUGGAGCUGCACCACAGCAAGCUGAAUACAACUAAGGCCAUCGACCUGCUGCCAGCCAACACUCAGAUCAGAGAGAUCCGUGUGUUCCUGGAGAGUGUUCUGGAGGAAAAGGCCCAGAGGAAACGCUUUGACCAGGUCCUCAAGAGUCUGCUGCAGGCCGAGUUCCUACGGGUCCAGGAGGAACGCAUCUUUCACCAACAGGUGAAGUGUAUCAUCACAGAGGAAAAGACCUGCAGGGUCUGUAAGAAGAAGAUAGGUAACAGUGCCUUCGCCAGGUAUCCCAACGGUGUUGUGGUUCAUUACUUCUGCUGUAAGGACCGAGGGGUGUGUCCUACGGAGCAGUGACACCGCUAUCGCCCCCCACCUGGACGCAAAGCACUCUGGAAUACUAACAGACCAGACCGCCGUGUACUGAAAUGACAGAAUAGUUCCCUCCUGUGGACUUUGUGUUCGUAGCAGCACCCUGGAAGGCUGGUUUGAAACGACAUCACAGCAGCUGGGAUAUUCAGGAGGAGAGGAGGACUCCAUCUCUGGAACUCUGGAACUGCUACCAGCUACCUAAUUCUGCCCCACAACCCCAGCUACCUGCUAAACUACAGUACCUGUAGCUAUUCUACCAACUACUCUGCUACAGUGACUACUCUGCCCCCUCCCUCUCUCAUCCUCAGACUCUACAGAGACUAUAUAGACUAACUCUAAUUCUCUGAUGCCUUGUGACUUUUAAGAAUGUCCUUAAAAGCAGCCAUUUUUUCUUUUCAGUUAGCGUGUGUUUCUGAGGGAAUGGUUUUCAGUUAGCGUGUGUUUCUGAGGGAGUGGUUUUCAGUUAGCGUGUGUUUCUGAGGGAAUGGUUUCCAGUUAGCGUGUGUUUCUGAGGGAAUGGGUUAAAAAAAACAGACUUCAGAUUCAAACUUAACGACUCCAUUUUUCGCAUGGUCCAUUUGCAAAAACACAUUUUUUCAGAUCCGCUGCAGCGAUAUAACCUCUUCUGAAAACUCUUCUUUUUUUUUUUUUUAGAUCAACCUGUAUUUGGAUGUAGAUUCACGGUUUCAAAAUGUGUCUUUUUAGUGAUUGAUACAAUAUAUUCAUUCAAUUUUGGGAAAAACCUGAAAGAAAAAUGAUGUCAGCAUCUCAGCCCAUGUUUCCUUAUUCCAGAAGUGAUCGGUGAAAUGAAAUGGUUCUGUCUUUGUACGUCAGAUUGGAAUGAAAGUUAUGAUAUGGGGAUGAAUCCCAAAAUGGCACCCUAUUCAAUUUUCUAGUGCACUACUAUAUAGCCCUAUAGGGUUCUGGUGAAAAGUAGUGCACUAUAUAGGGAAUAGGGUGCCAUUUUGGGAUGCAUGCAUUAUAUAUGUCGCAGUUGUAUCCUCGCAACAUUGUAAAUAAAUAUGUGCAGCA